AGCCGGAAGCGCAGCGCUGCGGGGCCAGCCGGGACUCUCCGGGGCUGAGCGAGAAGCGGGAUGGAUGCGGGACCCCGCGCGCGGCGCCUGGUGCGCAGCGGCAUAUCGCUGGUGGUGCUGGGCCACUUGAACCUGGUGCUGGGCGCCAUCGUGCACGGCUCCGUCCUGCGCCACGUGUCGCGCCCCGCGCGCACCAUCACCUCCGAGUACGCGGUGGCCAACGUGAUCGCCGUGGUCUCGGGGCUGCUGAGCAUCGCCGCCGGCGUCGUGGCCAUCCUGGUGUCGCGGAGCCGCUCGCCGCCUUGGCUGCGCUGGGCGCUGCUGGCCGCGGCCCUGGUCAACGCGCUGGUGUCGGGCGCCUGCUGCGCGGGGCUCCUGCUCGCCGUUUCGCUCACCGUGGCCAACAGAGGCCGCUUCCUGCUCGCCGGCUGCAACCGCUCGGCUCUGACGACCGACGCCCGCACCGUGAGGACCGACGAGUGUCCCUUCGACACCACCCGCAUUUUUGACACAGCCCUGGCCCUCUGGCUCCCUUCCUUGGUGAUGGCAGCGGUGGAAGCUGGCUUGUCUGCCUGGUGCUGCGUGGCGUCUUUCUCUCUCUCGGGCCAUGGCCCCUCCACCUCCUCCUACAAAGUGGCACUGCUUCAGGAGGCUGCCCCAGCAAAGGAGGCAGCAGAGGAAGACUCCGGAAGAGACCCUCACCGCCAGCUCCUGGUUGACAUGCAAGAGGAGGAGUGCCGCCUUUAGUGGGGUGGGGUGGGGAGAAAGAGCCUGCCCCACUUUUGCUGCAAGAGGCCCAUUGCAAUGGGCUGUGCUGGGAUGGCCAGACACAGAAUGACAGAGUUGGAAGGGACCCUGCUUGCUCCAUCCUCCCUAUGUCAGCUGUUCAGAUAUCUGCCGAUGGCUCUCAGUCUCCUCUUUAUCAGGCUAAACAUCCUUAGUCCCUUCAAUAAGGAACCCCCUGCCUCAAAAGGCUUGGUUUCCAGACCCUUGAUCAUCUUGGUCUCCCUCUUCUGCACACAAUCCAGCUUGUCAAUAUCCUUCAACUGUGGUGCCCAGAACUGGACACAAGACACCAGGUGGGGUCUGACCAGUGCAGAGGAGAUCUUCUUCUCCUGGCUCAACUGGCAAGGGGCGGGGGGGGGAGAGAUGCUUCUUCCAUACUAAUUCCCCCCUCCCCACAUUGUAAUACUUCCUGUGGCUGGGGCUCCUGAGGAGAGAUUUGGUCCUUCCUCAGGGCAGCUGUGUGCUCCUUGGGAGUAGCUGCAUAGCGACUCUGUGACCCAGCCUGGCGUGGUGAAGAGCAGCACUUGCACCUACUUUGCCAUCAAAACUGCCCCCAAUGCCCAGAUGGAAAAGGGGCAUGUUGCAGCCAUCACUCCAAGGAGAGCAGCACAGAGACGGGGGUUAGACUCGAGAGAAUUGGUUUGUCUCCUGAGGGAAAGUCACCUGUCCCUUUGCUCUGUGGCUGGCUGGCAGCCUCAAACCCCAUUGCCCAGAGGAACAUGGCUUCCCACACACCAGGAGGCCUUUUGGCCAGAGCUGGGCCCCUCCGGUCCCCACCCAGCCAGUUGUACUGGACUUUGAGAACUCAGAAUCCAAGUGCUGUGGCAGAAUUAAACUCUACAGACUCAGAGUGAACACUCCUUUCCUUCACAUGACCCCCCCCCCCGGGUCUCUGCUGCUCCCACUGGGACCCAAACCCCCUCGCUUGGGGCUCUGGCUCUGGCAGGGCCAUCUGCUCCUCAGCUGCUCACCCUCUCAGGCCCCCAGAGGGCCCCUCUCUCUACCUGGAGCACUUGCCUGAGAGUUGCCACCUUCCUUUUAGGGCUGCUCUGCUCUGAGUGCUGCUUGCGCCACAAGCCCCAGACCAGAGGCGGCUCACAUGGCCACCCCCUUCCAACCCUGCCAGGUGGGGGGGAAGUGUCACAUGCCAGCUGUGGAUGGGGGCACUGAAAGCAUGAUUCUCCAGAUCAGCUGAAAAGCAGUUGCUGGGAAGUGCCAGUGGGCAGAAGGCUUGCAGGAUUCCCUCACGGCAUCAGUUUGGCCAUUGCAACUGGGCACAGCGCUUCUUAUCUGAGAAGAACACCCUCACCUGCCACCCAGAGACAGGGUCACCCUCCUUGUAUAGCAACACGCUCCCUUUGGUGAGGGCGGGAGCGGUUUCAAUCCUGAGAGGGGGGCUGGGUUGGACAAAGGGGUUUCGACAUCCCUGCCCAGCCCAGCCCCAGGACUCUCUCCAGGGGACUGACAGCGUGACCCCCUCCAACCCUCCGUGUUUUUCCUCCGAGAGUUGCUUCGGCUGCUUCCAGUUCUUCCCUUCGGCUGGUUAGAAAGACGGUUAGAGAGAUGUAGAAACGAUAACAUUUAAUAAAAAAGGAGGAAGGCUC